UCGCCAGUUGCUCGUUGUGUCUUCGCAGUGCAAAGUCGCGGAAAAAGAUUUAAUUUUUAUUUUGUUUACUUUAGAAAAAUGAAACUUUUAAUUGUAAUUUGUGUUCUUAUAUCUGUUGUCCUUGCACAACAAGGAUUCCAAGAUAAUCAAAAUGUGCAAAUCGUGAGAUAUUUCUACGAGAAUCGAGGAUUAGAAGGAUAUAAAUUCACAUACGAGUUGUCUGAUGGACAAAUCAGAUCGGAAGAAGGUGCAUACAAAGACGGUACCGAUGUUGACGGGAACCCUGUGAAGAUUCUCGUCGUUCAAGGAGCUUAUAGUCAUGUAGCCCCAGAUGGUGAAACAUACUGGGUGAACUACCAAUCAGAUGAAAACGGUUACCGACCAAAAACCGGCAAAGGUGUAGGUGGAAUCAAGCCUGGUGAAGAUGCUGGUAUUGAUCCAAACUUACUUAAGUCACUUGUUGGAUAAGCGCCAUAAAUUCGUCUCAUCAUUAGUGCAUUAUAGAUUUAAUUCACCUUUAAAAACAUUUUUUAUAUUGUCAUUCGAAAAGACUCAGCCAAAUAAACAAUAGUAAUGAAAAAAAAGUAUUAAAUACAA